AUGUCAACAGCUCCUAUGACAUGUCAUUCAACACUUCUCUUCCAAGACGUAUAUUCUCCACAGCUUGUGUGGUCUGCUAAUCGAAACCGUCCAGUUCGAUUUAAUGCUACUCUACGACUCACUGAAGAUGGAAAUUUGAUCUUAGCAGAUGCUGAUGGCACUUUUGUUUGGUCUACAAACACAGCCGGCAAGUCUGUUUCAGGCUUAAACUUGACUGAAACUGGGAACCUUGUGCUGCUUGACCGAAACAAUGAAAUGGUGUGGCAGUCUUUUGAUCUCCCCACUGACACCUUAGUCCUUCAACAGAAGUUGGUUCCUGGGAAGAAGCUCAUCUCCAGCGUAUCUGCAUCAAAUUGGACUCAUGGUUUGUUUUCACUUUCCCUUACGAAUUAUAGUGUUGCUGCUUACAACAGAAUUUGGAAGGCAAUUGAUAAACUUCCUUUAGUUCCAGGUGUGCUUGAGAUUGUAGGCAUUGGCAACACUGGGGUAUGGAAGUUGGUACUGAGUAACAAGGUUGAUGAGGACCAAGAUGUGCAGUGGGUUCAUAGAUCGAUUGGUGACUAA